AUGCACGGUUUUCAUUCGACUCCACGGCGACAGGGCCUUCCGUUUUAUCUACUUGCUUCGGUAUUCAAGGCGUCAACGACUCUUGAGAUUGCACGAACUGCAGGUCGAAUUGUCCUCACUUUUGUUCCUGUUAUCCUCCUCAAAAAUCACAAAUCACGAAAGUACCUAAAGUUUGCUGAUAUCAAAGGCAUUCCAACCUCAGAGGAGAAGAAAACGCAGCUUCUGAAGAGGAUACGAAACCGCACCAUUCUAUUCCAUAUUUUAUUGCUUAUCCCAGCGAGCUUGUUCUGGCUCACAAUCAUUGCUAGCAUGGAACGCACUCCGUUAACGGGACGAUGGCGCUUGAUCAUCUUAUCGCCAGAGGAGGAGGAUGAUAUAGCUACCCAGCUAGCAGGUCCUGGUUGGUAUAAAGCAGUCGACGAUAUUCUUGCUCAGGACGGCCCAACACGGUACAUACCUCCUAGUGAUUGGAGGUACGAAUGGAUCAGGAACACUCUACGGAGUCUGGAGGGAACGCUCCCCAUUCUGAUCCAGGAGCGAGAGUUGUGUCCCGACUGGGUGGAACAUGGACCUCAUAAUCAACCGUUACCACCCCCAGCAGAAUACCCUUUACGACCCCGACCUCGUGCCUCAGAAACCCUCCGGCGAAUGUGUUCAGCGAUGUGUGAGCGUACUGCUCCUCCUAUACCACAUGCUGUUGCCGGUCCGCCUUAUUCCCUGUUGGUUGUGGAUAAACCGGAGGCUUCUAAUGCGUUUUCGUAUGGUUUUGGUCCCGACGGCGGCGGGGGUAUCGUCGUCUACUCAGGGUUCAUUGACGAGAUACUUGCGAGAUCUCCUUGUGAUUCCGUCACGGUCCCUGAACAGCAAUCUUGGUGGUCAUUGCUCCUUGGCCGCUCCUCUUCCUCUUCACAUCCAAUUCCCUCUGAGAGACAAAAAACAGAGAUGGCAAUUCUUCUAGCGCAUGAACUCUCUCAUCUCAUACUCUCGCAUCACUUGGAAACGCUAUCGUCAGGAACCGUAAUCAUACCCGGAACAUUGUCCAUUUUGUCUGAUGUCCUGCGCGUAUUCAUAUUUCCCUUUACCAUGCUUUUCGGUCCUUUCGUCAACGACGCCCUUGCUCAGUUGGGUAGGGUUGGAUCUGGAGAGUUGGUCAAGGUCGGAGAUUAUUGUACCAGCGUUGCACAGGAGAUCGAAGCAGACGUUGUCUCUGCAAGACUUCUCGCUCAUGCUGGCUAUGACGUGCGGGAAGCUGUCAGCUUCUGGGAAGAACGUGCCACCUCAGCCACCGAAUGCGCCCACGCUGAGUCCAUUGAUGGCGCAACAACCAAGGCGGACUCGUUGGCUCGACGCAUCAUGGGCGCUAGUCAUCCUAUGAAUGAGGUGCGCGUGGAUCGUUUGAAGUCCGAACUGGUUCGAUGGGAGACUGAGCGCCGAGCUGCUUUGCUGAAACGAGAACACGGCGCGCAGGAGAGUAGUAUCGUUCUGGCGGCAGCAUGA